GUUUCCGGCAGCGAAUGCUGAGCCCUGGCUAACUCUGACAGGGUAGCGCAAGCUGGCGGUCCGCUGGCGCUCAUGUCCUGCAGAAGUUUAAAGUUUGUAGUGCCCCGACGGGAAUGAACUUCUUUGACCUUUUCCGGGGCUUUUUCGGCUUUCGUGGACCUCGGAGCCACAGAGAUCCCUUUUUUGGAGGGAUGACUCGAGAUGAUGACGAUGAUGACGACGAAGAAGAGGAAGACAGAGGCACGUGGGGUCGAGGGAGCUAUAGGUUUGAUGGUUCUCAGCCUCCGGAGGAAUUCGGUUUCAGCUUCAGCCCUGGAGGAGGCAUGCGAUUCCACGACAACUUUGGCUUUGAUGAUCUAGUACGAGAUUUCAACAGCAUCUUCAGCGAGAUGGGGGCCUGGACCUUGCCUUCCCACUCCCCUGAGCUUCCAGGUCCUGAGUCAGAACCACCCGGUGAGAGACUGCCGGAAGGGCAGACGCUGCGGGACUCAAUGCUUAAGUACCCAGAUAGUCACCAACCCAAGAUCUUUGAGGUCUUGGAGAGUCAUGCUAGACCUGAAUCCCCCAAACCAGCUCCAGAUUGGGGGUCUCAGGGGCCUUUUCAUAGGUUGGAUGACAUUUGGCCUGUGACUCCCCAUUCUAGAGCCAGAGAGGACAAUGAUCUUGACUCCCAGGUUUCCCAGGAAGGUCUCAGUCCACUUCUUCAACCCCAGCCCAAAUCCUAUUUCAAGAGCAUCUCUGUGACCAAGAUCACCAAGCCAGAUGGGGUAGUGGAGGAGCACCGCACUGUGGUGGACAGUGAGGGACGGAGGGAGACCACAGUGACCCACCAACAGGCACACGACAGUUCCACAAGUGAUCCAGUCUCUGAAGGAUCGUCAGCUCUGGAGGAUCCCUUUUCCCUCCUGGAUUUGCUCCUAGGACGUUGGUUUCGGUCCCGGUAGCUUUGUUAACUAACCUUCAGAAGCCGUCGGGUCCUUUCCGCUCCCUUCCCAUUGCCCAUUGCCAAUAAGCUUAGCUUUUUGUGUCAUCCGAAGGGUCUUGAGUGUGUGAAACAAUUCAUUGAGCUUAUGCCAGUCUGUCAUUCAUCCAAACUGACCAAUAAAGCCUUUAUUUA